CCUUAAUCUGCAAGACGCAGGCGCCUAUCCUGUCAUUACAGAGAAGGAGCUGGACAGAGCUGCUCUCUACUUGUAAAGGGGGCUGUCAGAGGGUCAGCUGCCCCCAUGGCAUCCCCACGCACUGUGACAAUAGUGGCCCUCUCUAUGGCACUGGGGCUUUUCUUCGUCUUUAUGGGAACCAUUAAACUGACUCCCAGACUGAGCAAGGAUGCAUACAGCGAGAUGAAGCGGGCAUAUAAAAGUUAUGUGAAAGCACUCCCAGCACUGAAGAAGCUUGGCAUUACUUCUGUUUUCCUUCGCAAGACGAUCGGUUCACUUGAGCUAGCCUGUGGGAUUGUCCUAACAUUGGUUCCUGGGAAGCCUAGGGAUGUUGCCAACUUCAUCCUCUUGAUUCUUGUUCUCAUUGUUCUGUUUUUCCACCAGUUGGUUGGAGAUCCCUUAAAACGUUAUGCCCAUGCACUUGUCUUUGGGAUUCUUCUUACCUGUCGCCUCCUUGUAUCCCGGCAACCAGAAGAAGAACCAUAUGAAAAGAAAGUAAUACGAGGAGGCAUUGGGGCAAACUCACGGGAACCCAACAAAAUGAAGGUGUCCUAAACUCCAAAUUAUCUUUUUCUCUUUUGGAUGCUUUUGGAAUCCCCUACAGCUGCUCCAUGAGCCUUAAGAUAACACAAUCUGCCCUGAAAUACAAUACAUCCAAUAAAUAUACAAGGUUAAUCACUAAAGUGAGAAUCCAAAGUUAAGGUCAAAAUAACCAAGCAAGAAACAUUGUCUAAGUCACCCGUGCUUUCAGUUCAUCUUCUCUGGCCUUAAAUUUGAAAUUCAUUUUGAAUUCUCACUUUAGUGAAUAAUCCUACUAGUCUUACCAUAUGUAAUAGGAGUUUUUGACAUUCAGGGAACUCAUAUCAAUUUCUGUUGUCGACAUGGCAGACAUAUCUGCAUUCUUAUGAGAGGCUUUACAUUUUUAAACAUUUCAGGACAGUCAAAAAGGAGCUUGAAAGGGAGGUGGUCAAACAUUUGGGGAUCAGUCUUAAGUAAUAAAAUUAUUUUAAUUCGGGGUAAACCCCAAACAAAUGGAGAUCUCUCUCAUGUCACAA